GUGCAAUUAUAACAUUAUAACUAUAACAUACAGUUGAUUCAACUACUCUAUCCGCCUUCAUCUACAACUUUUCCAACUCCCCCACAAUAAUCCGGGCGGCUUAUCGAUAAUGGCACUCAGCUUCACGUGCUGCUACAAUACCACCCAAACACCUCUUGUAGCUCUACUCUUACAGCGCGACAACCCAGCAGCUGAGCUCCUCUUCAGAUCCCAUCACCACCCAACUACAAAUUCUCUACACCACUACCAACUCACCCCGUUACACUCGCCAUAUCCAAUCCUCGCCUCUUGCUAGCCGAAAGCUCAUCAUGUCCGACACAGUGUCGCGUAAACGCAGCGUCUCUGCUGCCACCCCCGAUUCAGAUCCAAAGCGCCCGAGACUUGCGUCGCAAGAUGGCCAAGAGCAGCAACCUGAAACGAAUCAAGCUCAGAUACAGCAGGAUGCUCUGUCAGAAUGGGCAGACGAGGAAUCUACGUCGGCAGUGGCUUCCAUGUCUCCAACCGUGCACCAGUUUGCCCGGACUGGUAUUCAGCGAUCCAUUGCCAUGGUGUUGUCGCAUGAUGGGUUUGAAUCUGCCAGUCCCGAGGCGCUGGAGAGCUUCACAGAAUUGGUUGAACAGUAUAUGAGCUCCAUCAUCCAGGAAGUCAAGCGACUCGCAAUAUCGUCACGUCGCGAAGCUCCCAUCCCGUCAGACUUUGAGAGCAUGCUAAAAUACCACAACAUCCCGCUCUCAUCUCUAAAACCGCAUGUCAAAAGCAGAGUUUUCAAUCAAAAUGCGACCGACCGGGGCCUUGCGGUCGUAACCGCCGACGACACAUUUACCUCUCUCCCGCUUCUCGGCGUCGAGCUCAGCGGCCAGGCGGACAAGGACAGCAAACCAUACAUACCAGCAUCUUUCCCCGGAUUCCCCAGCACACACACAUACAGAUUCACACCGCAAGAGGAUAAAAGGACGAAGGAUUCUAAGCAAAUCAGAGAGGACGCGGCGAAGAGCGCGCAGCUAGGCGAGGAUGCUUUGCGAAGGCUCGUGCGCGCUUCGAAAAUGCGCAAGCAAAAGGAAGUCAAGUCACUAGUCGAACGCGAUAGCCAGGGCAAAGAGCGGUUCCGGCUAUGGGAGUCAACUAUGAAGCGGUUCAUGGGGGGAGACCGGUUCAGAGAGCACGCCGACAAGGUGGACAUUGCAGAUCAUAGCAUGCUGGUCAAUGCUGAUGUCAAAUUUUCCCGACGAGAGGUGUCUCGCCUGGGUAAGAAGUCAAACGCUUUAUGAUGCGUUUGAACACGUAAUGAUCGAAACUGGUGGACUGGAAAACUCAAAAGGCAGUCUUUAUAACGGCUAUUCUGCUAGUCUUUUUAUAUAUGAUACCCGCAGUGUCAUUUCAGUUUAGGUAGUUAUCAAUAAGUAUGGGAAUGGAUUCAUACAGAUAGAACAAUCAAAGACAUCUCACGAUGCAUGC